GGUGCAUUGUACUGAAAUACUGCUAGUGUUACACUCCUCCUCAAAUUGGCAGAUUGAUUUCCUUUCAUGCACUGGGACUUCAGUGAGGGUGAGCAAUAAUCUAAUUAGACAAGAACUCAAAGCUUAUUAUUUGUUGCUCAAAAUCAACAACACAGCCUAUGGGAAGGAUCUUCCCUUGCUAAAAACUUUCCAGCUUUAAUGUUUUUCAGUGUUUCCUCUGCCUGUCGUGCGGAUAAGAGGUUUGGGACUGUUGAACAUCACCCUAACAGAGGAAUUCCAGUGAUCUUCAUGCUGCACGGGAGGAAGAUAAUACUACUUGCACCUUUUCCAAAGAAGUCAAAAACUACAAACAUACAGCUCAUGCCUACGUUUGAUGUGACAGCUGAAGCCUGAAGGACAAACAGUGAAUGUGGGGGUUUGGAAAACGGCCCUGAGAACUCUAGGAGUAUUGUUCAUUUCCGGCAGUGCAGACACAACCUAGGUGACAGGCAAAACGCAUUGCCAUGGGAAAGACUGGGCAGAGCACUGUGGAAAUCAGUUCUCCCACUGAAGUCAAGCAGGCCAUACCAUUUGAGGCACUGCAUCCCGUACCUUCCAACAAUGCCAACCAAGGACUCCCUGACCGGGGCACCUGGAAGGGCAGAUUUGACUUCCUGCUGUCCUGUGUGGGGUAUGCUAUUGGACUAGGCAAUGUCUGGAGGUUUCCGUACUUAUGCGGCAAAAAUGGUGGAGGUGCUUUUCUGAUUCCAUAUUUUUUGACACUGGUCUUCGCUGGGAUUCCACUCUUCCUGUUGGAGACAGCUCUAGGCCAGUACACCUCCGUGGGCGGACUGGGAGUAUGGAAGCUAGCACCCAUGUUCAAAGGAGUUGGUCUUGCUGCUGUAGUCCUGUCUUUUUGGCUGAACAUUUACUACAUCAUCAUCAUCUCCUGGGCACUAUACUAUCUAUUCAAUUCCUUCAGAUCUGAGCUGCCAUGGCAAAGUUGUGAUAACCCAUGGAACACUGAACGCUGUUUCUCAAACUACAGCCUCUUGGACACCACUAAUAUGACAAGCGCUGUCACUGAAUUUUGGGAGAGAAAUAUGCACCAGAUUUCCAAUGGUUUGGAGGAACCUGGUGAGGUGAGAUGGCCUCUUGCAGGUACUCUGGCACUGGCAUGGGUUUUGGUCUAUUUUUCCAUCUGGAAAGGGGUUGAGUGGACUGGGAAGGUGGUCUAUUUCUCAGCCACAUAUCCUUAUUUCAUGCUUUUCAUCCUGUUCUUCCGGGGGGUUACUCUUCCAGGGGCAAAGGAAGGUAUUCUGUUCUACAUCACACCUGACUUCAGCAAGCUUACCAGAUCUGAGGUCUGGCUGGAUGCUGCCACCCAGAUCUUCUUCUCCUAUGGCUUGGGCUUGGGCUCAUUGAUUGCUUUAGGAAGCUAUAAUAAGUUUCAUAAUAAUGUAUACAGGGAUUCGAUUAUUGUAUGCUGCAUCAACUCCAGCACAAGCAUGUUUGCAGGCUUUGUUAUCUUCUCUAUUGUGGGAUUCAUGGCCUACAUCACCAAGAAGCCUGUUCAAGAACUUGCUGCCUCAGGUCCAGGCCUGGCAUUCCUUGCGUACCCACAGGCUGCGACUCAGCUGCCCAUGUCAUCCUUGUGGGCCAUCCUCUUCUUCUCAAUGCUCAUGAUGCUUGGCCUGGACAGCCAGUUUUGCACAGUGGAAGGUUUUAUCACUGCGUUGAUGGAUGAAUAUCCACAAGUGCUAAGGCAAAGAAAGAAAGUGUUCAUUGCUGUCGUUUGUGCAGUUUCCUACCUUAUUGGCUUCUCAAACAUCACUCAGGGUGGCCUGUAUGUCUUCAAGUUGUUUGACUAUUACUCAGCCAGCGGAAUGUGUCUGCUUUUCCUUGUCUUCUUUGAGACAAUCUCCAUAUCCUGGUGUUACGGGGCAGACAGAUUUUACAGUAACAUUGAAGAAAUGAUUGGCUAUAAACCCUGUGUCUGGUGGAAGCUUUGUUGGCGUUAUUUCACACCUUUAAUCUGCUUGGGGGUAUUCCUUUUCAGUGCCAUUGAGAUGACCCCUCUGACCCUGGGGAAAUAUGUUUUUCCUGCUUGGGGCCAGGGAAUUGGGUGGUUAAUGGCACUUUCUUCCAUGAUACUCAUUCCAGGAUACAUCAUCUACAUGUUCUUGACCACCAAAGGGAGCAUCAGGAAGCGUUUCCAUAAGAUGACCAACCCCAAGGAGGAUUUCAAAGCUCAUAAGACCUCAUUGACAGGAAGUUUAGAAGAUGCUGUAGUUUAAAACUUCUCUACUACCCAAAAUGUAUUACCAGCCAGAACCAAAUUAUCACUACUUUUCUAUAGAGGGAAGUUGAACCAACCCGAAGCCUGUGAUUCACCCUAAUACUGUAUGUCAAACAUUGUCUAAGUAACACAGAGAAUGUGGAGGCUGGGUCUCACAUUCAUGUGACCUUUAAUUGUCCUCAAUUGUAACUGCAUCUUAAUGAUAGAGCAUCACAACCUUUGAAGUUCUUUAUUCACCCUUUACUGUUGUCAUUCUUUACUUCGACAUAGAGGAUGUAUUACUCAUGUAGUAUAAAUGUGGGAUGAUUGUGUUACCUAAAAAUUAGAUGUAUACAAAUUCCGCUAAAUAAUCUUGGUUGUGAAUGAAUACUUGAUCAGAGGUAAAUGUAGGAGUUAAUUAGUAUUUAAAAUUUUCCAGUAGAUUCAUCACAGUGAAUUUACAUUUGAAAUACUAACAGCGACAAAAGGUGAAAUUCUGUACUUAAGCUUCCUCUCAUUUAAACAUUGUCUGUGACAUCAUGAUAUUGUACACAUAGUAUAAUGUUAACUUUAUAACUUAAGGCAGUUAUUUAAUGGCACAUUAUAAUUACUGGUUUAUAUUUUAAAAUGGCAUAUUUUAAGUGUUUUAAGUGUUUGAGUUUUUCAAAUGUGUAUACUUACUUUCAUGUUUCAGUUAAAGAUUAUAUUUCUAACUUUAUAUUUUUAGUGAAUUGCAAACAGAAAUGUUACAAAUAUACUGUGGCAAAAUUUGUGUCCUGGUAAAACCUUUCUUCCAAUAUUGGAUUUUAUAUUAAUUAAUUAUUAAAAAGAUUAUUAUUG